AUGAAGACCGAGUUCAAGUUCUCAAACCUCCUCGGCACGGUCUACGGCCGGGGCAACCUUGUAUUCACUCCCGAUGGCAACUCUCUACUCUCGCCGGUAGGAAAUAGAGUCUCAGUCUUUAACCUGACGAAAAACACAUCAUAUACCCUUCCAUUUGCGCACAGAAGGAACAUCACACACCUUGACCUCACCUCCAAUGGACAGCUCUUGCUGACCAUCGACGAGGAUGGUCGCGCCAUACUUACACUAUUCCCACGACGGAUCUCAAUCUAUCACUUCUCCUUCAAAGGCCCUGUUUCUGCUCUCGCCUUUUCUCCGAGUGGCAGACAUUUCGCUGCAGGCGUGGGGAAGCGUAUUCAAGCCUGGAAAACACCGAGGACACCAGGGACGGAUGCCGCAGGAGAACUCGAGUUUGCGCCAUUCGUCCUACACAGAGACUAUGGCGGCCACUUUGACGAGGUGAGGCAUCUCAGCUGGUCAGGCGACUCGAGAUUCUUCAUCAGCUCUUCUAGAGAUCUCACUGCCCGGUUAUGGAGUUUGGAUCCAGAGGCAGACUUCGAGCCCACUGUGCUGUCAGGCCACAGGCAGCAGGUGCGGGCCGCUUGGUUUUCCGCAAAUCAAGAACUAAUAUACACUGUCAGUGAGGAUGGUGCACUCUUUCGUUGGGAGUUUGUAUCAAGAUCAGCACAACAAGAAGCCGAUGAAGAGAUGACGGAUCCAGACGACGAAGAAAGAUGGAGAAUAGUCAAGAAAGACUUCUUCAUGCAAAAUGCGAAGCUGAAAUGUGCAGCUUUCAACCCUGUCACAAGCCUUCUUACUGUCUGCUUCGCUAGUGGACUCUUUUCAAUAUACGAGCUGCCCUCGUUCUCUAACAUCCACUCUCUGUCGAUGGCGUCUUCGCCUAUUUCCGCUGUGUCAAUCAAUAAGUCGGGCGAGUGGCUGGCGUUGGGAUCCGCGAAGACCGGGCAGUUGCUCGUCUGGGAGCACACUUCCGAGUCAAAUAUCCUGAAACAAUCCUCGCACCUCGACACCAUGACAACACUGUCAUAUUCUCCAGAUUCCACGCGAAUCAUCACUGGUUCAGACGAUGGGCUCAUCAAGAUAUGGGACAUUGCCUCUGGCUUCCACAUUGCGACUUUUACAGAGCAUGGUUCAGCCGUGACCGGUUCAGCCUACUCAAAAAGAGGCAAUGUCUUGUUCACAUCUUCGUUGGACGGGUCGAUACGAGCGUGGGACAUGCUACGCUACAGAAACUUCCGCACUUUUACGGCACCAACUCGUUUGUCUUUCGCCUGUCUAGCCAUCGACCCAUCAGCAGAGGUUGUGUGCGCAGCAUCACAUGACUCGUUUGACAUUCAUCUAUGGUCAGUUCAGACUGGUGCUUUAUUGGAUCAGCUUUCAGGCCAUGAAGGGCCAAUUUCCACUCUCGCAUUCACGCCCGAUGGUCGCUACCUCAUCUCCGGCUCCUGGGACCGAACAAUUCGAGUAUGGAAUGUCUUCGACCGCUCACAGAGCUCCGAAGCCCUGCAACUUACAUCCGACUUGCUUUGCGUAACUGUUAGCCCCGAUUCCUGUCAAAUUGCCGCGUCAACCCUCGAUGGCCAGCUCACAUUUUGGAAUCUCGACACUUCAGUCCAAGAGUCUGGCUUCGAUGGACGACGCGAUGUCAGUGGCGGCCGCUCUCUUACGUCCCGGCGCACCGCAGCUUCCACACCUGGCACAAAGUCCUUCAAUACUAUUAGCUAUUCCGCCGACGGAACAUGCUUGCUGGCGGCCGGAAACAGCAAGUAUGUAUGUCUGUAUUCUAUCAGUACACUCACGCUCGUCAAAAAAUUCACCGUCUCCAUCAAUCUUUCACUAGACGGCACGCAGGAGUUCUUGAACUCUGCAGCAAUCAUGUCCAAUGGUAUGCCGCGCGACACGAUUGACACAGAAGGCGAGAACAGCGACCUAGAAGAUCGUAUUGAUCGCAGCCUUCCGGGCGUCAACCGUGGCAAAGACGCUACUAGCCGCACCAUAACUCCUGCAGUGCGUGUGACGUCCGCGCAAUUUGCACCCACCGGCCGUAGCUUCUGUGUCGCAAGCACUGAAGGUCUCCUGGUGUACAGCCUCGACAAUACCGGUAUGGAGGACUUUGAUCCUUUCGACUUGGAUAUCGACGUCACCCCACAGAACAUCAAGGCUAUGCUAUCUGUGGCGGAGCCAGAAUACUUGAAGGCGCUGGUGAUGAGCUUCCGCCUCAAUGACAAGUCCCUGAUUCAGCAAGUCUACGAGUCCAUUCCACCGACAUCCACACCGCUAGUGAUCCGUGAGCUACCACGAGUCUAUCUCCCGCGCCUGCUGCGGUUCCUGGGCGAACAACUCGAGGCUACGCCGCACCUCGAGUUCCAUCUCCUGUGGGUAACGGAACUUAUCGGCGUGCACGGAAGGUAUAUCAAGGAGCACCAGGGCGAGUUCGUGAGCGAGCUGAGGGCAGUGCUGAAGGGAGUGGAAGGGGUGGGGAAGACGGUACGAACUCUGAGCGAGCGCAAUGGCUUUGAGAUUGAUUUCUUGACGAUGAGGAACAAAGCAACUGGCGUCAAGGCACUUGAGAAUGGUCACACAGGUGAGGAAAAUGCCAUGCUUCUAGAUGGAGAUGAGGCAUCCGCCGAUAGCGAAGAAGCAGGAGACUGGAUGGGAGUAGAAUGA